UAAUCAUAAACAGUUGACACUAUUUUCCAAGACUGAGUUUCUGCACGGAGGCAGAGUGAGUUUGGUUUCUGUUAUGUUUCUUGGUAACUCGUGGGAGGAGUCCAUUUCAAUCAUAUUAACAUGCCCUUUGGUCCAGCCACGGCUCACGUCGACGAGGAAGGAACGGCACAGACGAUCCUUGUGUGUGAAAGAGAAUGGCUGCCAGUUUGUCUCUCUUGGAGGGGCACCUCUCUUGUCCCGUGUGCUGUGACAUCUUCAGGAACCCCGUGGUCCUCAAAUGCAGCCACAGCUUCUGUGAGGAGUGUCUGCGGAAAUCCUGGAAGGAUAUGGAGAAUCCGCUGUGUCCUGCAUGCAGGGCCGAGUGUUCAUCUGAGGAGCAGAGUUUAAGCCUCGCCUUAAAGAGCCUCUGUGAUUCCUUACGGAAGGGGGGUGAAAAGGUAGGAUCUGAUAACUGCCGGCUSCAUGGAGAGAAACUUAAAAUCUUCUGUUUCGACGAUAAACAGCCCAUCUGUGUUGUCUGCUACACAUCAAAAAAACAUAAAGGUCAUGACUGUUAUCCCAUUGAGGAGGCUGUGCCGGAUUUGAAGAGUGAAAUCCAGAUUGUGGUUUCCACUUUGAAGAACAAACUAGCAAACAAGAACACAGCCAAGAUGCGUCAUCAAAGCUGGGAGGAGCACAUAAAGGGCCAGGCCCAAUGUGCAGAGGAYCAGAUAAGGAGGGAGUUUAAGAAACUCCAGCAGUUCCUAGAAGAGGAAGAGACGGCCAGGAUCGCUACCCUGAGYGAGGAAGAACAGCAGAAAUCUGAAGUGAUGCGAGAAAGAGCUGAGGCAUUGGCCAGAGAGAUCACAACCCUUUCAGAGACAAUUGUAGUUGUCGAUAAGGAAAUGGAAGUGGACAAUAUCACAUUCCUCAAGAACUACAAGGCCAUACUUAACAGAGCCGAUUGCACAUUCCCAGAUACUGCAGAUACUGAGGUAGUAUCAGGAGCACUGAUUGACAUGGCCAAACAUGUAGGAUCUCUCAAGUUCAAAGUUUGGGAGAAGAUGCUUGAGUUUGUUGACUACACUCCUGUGAUCAUGGAUCCGAACACAAUGUCCACUAAGUUCACCCUCUCUGAUGACCUCACCACUAUGACAUACUGUGACGAGAGGCAGAGUCUCCCAGACAACCCCGAAAGGUUUCUUAACGUAGGAGUGUUGGGUUCUGAAGGGUACAGCAAAGGCACCCAUUACUGGGACGUGGAGGUCGGAGAUAAUGAUAACUGGAUCUUAGGGGUAGCCAAAGAGUCUAUUCCACGCAAGACGCAAGUCAAAAUGGAGCCUCAGAGUGGAUUAUGGAUCAUCAAAUACAUCAAUGGGAAAUACAAAGCAGGUAUACAACCGUACGUCCAGAUCAAGGUAGAUGAGAGCCCACGAGUGAUCCGAGUACAACUGGACUGUAACAAAGGGGAGGUGAAAUUCUUUGACCUCGCCAAGAACACUACCCUGUGCACCUUCAAAGACAACUUCACUGAAAAGAUGUUCCCAUACUUUAACAGCGGAAGUGUGAUUUGCCCACUACGCCUUUUAGGAAAGGCAAAAACUAGCUAAAUUGCCAGGGUCAAGUGAGGACAGUGAGUGCAGGGUCAAGUGAGGACAAAAUGUACUAACAUAUGAAAUGAUGUAAUGACAUUAUGUGCUGACUAGCUGGAGGGUUGUGACGAUAGUUUAUGACUCAAACUCCGUGUAAUUAACAGUGAAGCGUGCCUUUGAUAAUAAGACGCACUGCCAUCUCAGAAGUAACGAACAAGUGUUUUAAGCAGUUGAUACAGUAUAUAAAAACAUGUCGUGUCAGUAAUACAAAUAAAUAAUAUAUGUAAUUUUCAA